GGCCCUCGACAGGGGUGAAGGUGACUCGCCUGUUGGUGCGGGAGAUGCAGAGGAAGCGUCACAUCGUUCUAAUCAUCGUAACAGCCCGCAUUCAAGAAUCGACCUCACCCUCUCAUCGAGGACAGGCGGAUUAAAGACAUUUUCUCAGUGAGGUGGUUUUAUUCGUGGAUGCGUAUGCAUGUGUUCUGCACCGAACGGGCGAAAGAACCGCCCCAGAUCCGCAGCCAACAUUUUUCAAAUCGGCAAGUCUUCGCUGAGGGAUCCAGAGCGCCGGGAGAGCACCGAGAGCACACGGAGAGCUCAGCGGGCGAUGGAUGACUGUAGAACGACCGUUCAGGAGUUCAACACUCUUGUGGCUCUCCAUCGUGAGCAGGUCAUCUCCAUAGGGGAGAAUACAAUCGACUGUCCUUCUUUAAGGGCACAGAUGCACAAGACUCGCAUCAAAGGAUGCGCCGUAGCCCAGGUCGCCUAUCAAAACCUCAUCGCAAUCUCUGGGCCAGAGGAUGGUGAAAUCCACCCAGAAAUAUGCAGAUUGUUCAUCCAGCUUCAGUGCUGCCUGGAGAUGUACAUUACAGAGAUGCUCAAAUCUAUGUGUCUGUUGGGUGUUCUGCAGCUCCAUAGGAAAGGAAACGAUGUGUGUCCUGAGUCAAACAUGGACUGCAAGGUGGACGAAAGCUCUGAUGUGCCGAUGCUGGAAGAUCGGUCGUCGUCACCUGUAGAUUUUCCGCAGGAAUCCUGGGUCGUGUGCACGGACAUUGAGAACAUAGAGAGUGAUAUGCGAGAAAUGAGAAACCUUCUAAGCAAACUCAGGGAGACAAUGCCUUUGCCACUGAAAAAUCAAGAUGACAGCAGUCUGCUAAAUCUGACUCCUUAUCCACUGGUGAGGCAGAGGAAGAGACGAUUCUCCGGGCUUUGCUGCCUUGUGUCUGGUAUACUUAUAUUGCAGCUGGACAAAGAAACUAAAAUUACAAAUGAUACUGUCAAGUUCCAACAGGCUUUCUUCUCUAUGGCUCGUGCUACCAUUCCACUUGUCUUACUAUGCACACUGGCUUCGUUUACCCCCAUUAUGGGAUGUUUCUGUGACCACUACCUGUGGAGUUCAUGGUCACAUUGCACCAAAACCUGUGAUUCUGGUACCCAAAGACGUACAAGGGCUGUAAACUAUGAUGACCACUGGUACAAAAACAAUUGUUUUCAGCUGUGUCAGACAGAUGAGUCUAGAGCGUGUAAUAUUGAGGCCUGUCCCAUACACUGUCAGCUGACUGAGUUUGGACCCUGGUCAGAGUGCUCGCCGUGUGCCAAAAAAUCAUUCAGAAUAAGGUCUGUUUUGAGACCGGCUCAGUUUGGUGGGGAUGAGUGUAGUCCAUCUCUUACGGAGGAAAGAGCCUGUCAUCCAUCCAAGGAAUGUGGGAUUGAGCCUGUCAACUGCAAAGACAAGUUCACCUGUGAUAGUGGAAGAUGUAUAAAUGCUGCUCUGCAGUGUAACAAGCAGAAUGACUGUGGGGACAACUCUGACGAGAGAGACUGUGGCCAAACAAAAAGCGUGUGUGCGAGUGAAAGGAGAUUUGCUUUCAUUCCCGGUGCAGACCUGACUGGUUAUGGAUAUGAUGCUGCGGCAGAGCAGAUGAGAGGUGCUGUUCUGGACAACUCAUUCAUGGGGGGUGAAUGCAUUCUACAAAGACUUAAGAGAAACUACUACAGAAUCCCUGCCAACAUUGAGAGAUAUGAAAUCAAGGUAGAAAACCUUGAGGAUUUUCAAGAUAAAGGCAUCGAAUCCCAUAAAGUCGACCUGGCCGAAGAUUUAGGUCAUUCAUAUGUCAAAGAGACAGUGAAAGCAUCUCAACAAAAGGCAAGGGAUCUCAAACUUAAAACUACAAAGCUCUGUGUCUUUCUGGCCAUUAUUCAGAUCUUUUUUGUCAUUUUUGUGCAGGACUCUGAGUUUUACAGGGUGCGUCGGGUUGUUGCUACAUCAACAUUCAGAAUGAAGCCUACUGACCUCUACUUAGCAGACCAGUUCCUUAAGUUUCUGAACAGUCUGCCACUGGAAUACAACUAUGCCCUUUACAGACAGAUCUUCCAGCUGUUUGGGACACAUUAUUUCAGCUCUGGGACAUUAGGGGGGAAGUAUGACCUCCUUUUCCAAUAUGAUCGAGAAGAACUGAAAACCUACGGACUGACAGAGGAAGAAACGAGUAGUUGCUUUAGCAAGGAUUCCAGCAUCUUUGCUAUUAUCUAUAACAGAGAAUCACAUAGUUCCACAUGUGGGAGAAAUACAUUAAAAACCAAAUAUGAAGGGUCAAUUGUAAAAGCAGCAGAAAAGUGUAUCACAUCAGUGCAAGGAGGCAGAGCUGAAUUUACAGCAGCCCUGGCCUGGGAGAAGAAGGGUGUAUCGCCAGACAGCACCACAUACCAGAAUUGGAUCAAAUCUACAAUAGACAAUCCAACUGUUAUAGAUUUUGAGCUUUUGCCUUUAGUGAAUUUGGUGCGGGGCUUCCCUUGCGCUGUGACGAAGAGAAGGCAUCUUAAUAAGGCGCUGGAAGAGUAUCAGACCGAAUUUGAUUCCUGCAAAUGUGCCCCCUGCCCAAAUAAUGCUCGGCCUGCUCUUUCUGGAACAGAGUGCAUUUGUAUUUGCCGGACCGGGACCUAUGGACAAAACUGCGAGAAACGAGCCCGGGACUAUACUUCAGGUGAAGUUGAUGGGCGCUGGAGUUGCUGGAGCUCUUGGAGUACUUGUGACGCCACCUUGAAGAAGCAUCGCUCACGUACUUGUAACAACCCUGCACCGCAGCGAGGCGGCAGAACCUGCCAAGGCCCUGAGAAACAGGUGGAGGAGUGUACCAUUUCUAUUUUCCAGACACAAAAUGUGUGCAUUAAUGAUGAUGACUUUGAGGCUGAAGGGUCCCGUGAGAGCCAGUUGCCCCCUGGAGCUUCUGGCUGUGCAAAACCCCGUCCACCUGCCAACAGCCACCUGAGGAUCAACAAACGUCAAUACGAUUACGGAGAUCACGAGGAGUUUGUUUGCUUCACUGGUUUUGAACUGGAUGGAUACCAGCUCAUUCACUGUCUGCAAGACGGCACUUGGGAGAAACCAAAGGGACGAUGCAUUAAGAACGUUUGCUCUAAACCCCAAGUGCCUGAGGGCAUGACGAUAUACCCAGAGAAAAUGGAGUUUCAAGUAGGAAGUGACAUCAUGCUAUCCUGCUUAGAGAGUGGCACGAGUCCCUCAGGACGUCAAUAUUACACGUGUGGGAAGAGUCUUGUCUGGGAGCCAAACAUCCCACAAGACAUACGCUGCAUAAUUGAUAAACCCUUUGUACCAGACAGCAGCUGUAAACUUGGAGAGAUGCAUGAUGGGACUAAAUGCAUCUGCAUGUCCAAAGAGAGCUGCAGAAACUACAGAGCGGAUCUGUGUGUCUUUGACGCAGACAAGGAGACUGCCAUUAUGAUGUCCCUCUGUGCUUUUCAUGCUGGCCGUUGUCAUGGAGACAGAUUAUACUUUAUGAAUAACGGACCGUGCAAAACCGACGCAGGCAGUCUGGACUGGGCCAAAUUCAGGGCCAGCGUAUCUGAGAAGAGCUCGGUGCGGGAGCCCUGCGGUUUAGACACCUGUUACGAGUGGGAGACCUGCUCAGUAUCGAAUACAUGCGAGUGCAAAAUCCCCAGAGAAUGCGCCAGAGAUGGGAAGCAAAUGUACUGCCUGAAAAUUGUGAGGACGCAAAGCACACGGAGCUUGAGUCUGUGCUUCAUGGCUGCCAUGAAGUGCAGCAAGAUGGAGUUUGAGCUUCUGCAUGAAGGUCCUUGUGCAAGUUCUUAAUUGUGCACCACUUUUGUACACAUUUUCACAGCUGAAAGGCUCACUCGUUAUUGAUUUGUACAGAUAACCCAUUGUUAUAUAGUCACUCACAGCAUGCUAUGCAGUUAUUUUUUUGAGCAAUCAAUGUGGAACAGCACAAAAAAUGUUAUUAGACUUUCUUGUACUUAAACACUCUUUCACCUGUUCAACUGUGUGUCCAAUUAGUGCUUUCUUCCACCUCAGCAUGUGCAGAGACGAAUAAAAGUGAGCUAUUUUUAUGUCGAUUACA